ACGCCACAGCUGGUUACCAGGGUGACUGAUCAGGCGUCCUCUACGCCUAACGCGCGAACAGGCGCGGUUUUAAUCUAACCAAUCAGCGAUGAUCCCACAAGACGACGAACGUGACUUAAAGUGGCAACUAGACCUCGGCAUUCCUUCUACUGGGUUCCCACUUACACGUGCGUCGCCGCUUUUAGAAAAGUUCUAUUUCGUUGGAGGACCAGCAGAUGGCGCUGGCUGACCAACCCGGAACACUAAUACACCGGGGAGCAGUGUCGGGAGUUCACCGGGGAGAAGACUGGCUGAAGACGGGAUGAGAUAUGAUAUAAGAAUUGGUGGAAUAUAACAGUAUGUCAUCUUCUGAUCAACUUGAGGAGCUACGGCGCUUAAAUAAGUGUCUCCUGGAGAAACUGAGUAUUAACCGGGACGACCUUCACAAGCAGCUGUCCACCGACCGCCGCGUCCGCAAUACGACCACUGAGGAACCAUCGCAGACAUCGAAACCUAAAACAACGCGGAAUGGAUGUGGGGAGGUCCCAAGAUGCUCGCUGAGAAGUCUGGAUCCAGCUCUGCAGACCACACAAGGUUCAUCCUCCGCUGCAAGGAAAGCCCUGUGUACCCCUAAGAAGUCCCAUCCUCAGGGGACUCGCCCACAUGACAUGUCUGCUCACGUUAUGAAUCUGGGGGGAUCGGGACAUGGGGCCUGCUCUGAUCAGGGCAUUAUCAGGAUAGGCUCUCCAGUGAAACGCGUCAGCAUCCUGAAUUCUACUAUGAUUAGCCCCAAAUCUGCGGAGAACUUUUCUCCUCAGUAUAUCGACCGGUUAGAGGAUGAUGGGAACCUGAGGAACAAAGAAGCACCGACUCCAAAAUCUAUUCUCCUUACACCAAACCGAAGCACCAAGAGAGAUCCGGGGCGCGUCACAUUUCUGUGCAAUGAUGAAUCCCCUCACCUGGAGACUCAGUGGUCUGUUCGCCCGCUGCUAGGCUAUGACUGGAUAGCAGGACUGCUGGAAGUGAAGUCCCCCAUCACCAAUAAAUCUGACCAGUUUUUCGCAGAAAUCGGUGAAUUCCGACGUGUCAACCAGGAGGAGUGCGCCCACGAGUAUUUUACUGGAUCGGGGGCACGGGAUCCAUCGGUAGACGAUCUGGAUCUCUCGAUGGACACUCAUCAGUGUGUGUACUGCUACCGGGUGAACCAGCGGUUAUUUACAUCACCAAUGGGUGCAGAGCCCGCAUGUCCCAUAUGUAAGAAGCGCAGGGGCAGACGCCAUAUAUCCUUAGAAGAGCCUGCGUAUAUACGGGUGAGCAUUCCCCGGAGCACCCUGCUACCACCUUACAAAUACAGAGCCCACAGGAGAAAGAGCUUUGACCCUACGGACAGCCUUGCAUUGCCAUCGCAUUGUUUAGCCGGAUGGGAAAAUGCUGUACCCUCGUGUAACCUCAAAGUCAGCAGUCUGGACCUGAAGACCUCUGUAGAUCCAGAUUUGGUAUCUGCACCCACAACCAAUAAUGUGGGCACGGACAGUUCUUCUUACUACGCUUCAAGGGCAACAUCUGACAAUCUGCUGAAUUUGUCCCGCUCCAUCACCUUCCAUCACAGGAAUAUUAAGUGAAGGUCAAGUGGGAAGAAACCCUCCCUCAUUCCAAACAAGACCUUGUGUGAUUUCGGUGCAUUGUCUGGUUACAUCACUUGUAUCUUUGCCAGUUCUAUUCUUUUGUUACUCACGUCCACUGUGGUCAAGGUUUAUUCCAAGACCUUAAAGGGGUUUUCCAGGAUUCUGAUAUUGAUGGCCUACUCUCAGGCACUUCUGCCAAUCAGCUAUUUCGUUGUAACUUCACAAUGGACGAUGCCAGAUCUACAGAGAAACCUCUGAUCAGCAGAAGUGCCCGGUGUCGAACCCCCACCGAUCAGACAUUGACGGCCUAUCAAAAGGCUAUGGGACCAAAUGUAAAGGCAAAACAUGAUGUGACCCUAGCCGUACGUCUGAUUGCUCUCUAAAUCAGUAUCCAGCCUAGCCGAUCUUCUGUGAGCUAAACCGUGCAGACACCAGGCUGAUACAGCCAGGGAUUAGUGCUGUGCCUCAGAGGAUUGCCUAGACCAGAUCCACUCUGCCACUGUGAGAAGUAGUAGGUCUGUAGGGAUUUGCAGCCUCUGGAUGUCAACAAGUAUGUUUCCAUUUUCUGACAGCAAGUGGUGAUCUUGAAAAUGGUGAGGAAUUAUAUCAGAAAGUUGUAGAACUGUUCUUUACGCAAUGAAUAAGCAUUAUAUUGGCAAUAUUACCUUAAAGGGUUUCUCUGGGAAAGAUGACAUUUUGUCUAGUACCCGCAGGUCGCCUCUCUGAACAGAAGAUUCAUACUUGUCUGCUCCCCGCCAGUCCAGUUCUCUGGUGUCUCCAUGGCCCCCGCAGCGUUCAGGUCCGGGGCAGCAUGGACAUGUUCACAUGCUCCGUUGAAGCCAGUCAUUGGCUGCAGCGUUGCCUGUGCCCAUGCUGCACAAGAUGUCAACACUGCGGGGACAAGACCAUGGCGGUAAGGGGGAGCAGGUAAGUCUGACUCUUCUGUACACAGGCAGGCUGCUGGCACUUGACAGAAUGUCAUUGUUCACGUAGAACCCCUUUAAAUGUAAGAACAGGACACUACAUAUUGUGUUACGUUCUAUAGCAUCCUUCAGGAUUUCAUCAGGGUGUCCAUGCAUGGAUUACCCCCAGUGACUAGGACUGAUCUUCAGCAUUCAGACUACGAAUCCAUGGGUACUUUUAGCAUCUGAACAUACCGUAUGGGUAAAUUCCCAUGCGGCAUAUCGGUUUGGACUGUCCUGUUACAGUAUUCUGUAGUGGCCUUUUUGCAGUACAGGUUACUUUUGUCUGUUUCCUAUCAAACGCUACCUCCCGCGUGUGUUUUUUGCAGUGACGCCCGAUCACAGGUCUGUGGCAUAACACAACCUGAAGUCCCCGAGCAGACCUGUUGGUCACCCUAUCGUCACACACGUUGAGCUGCUCAGUGACUAAACAUUAGAGACACUUUAUCAGCUCCUUUUUAAAUGUCACACUGGACCCAUUUAUAUUGAAAUCUGUGACUUACAACUAUAAAUUAGAGGUGAACGAAUCAAUUUGUCUCAUCUACAGGACCACUUGUGUGGGGUUGCCCACCUGCCGCUAGAUUGACAUGGCUGGACAUUUAGCCCAGCCCUGACAAUUUCCUGCUUGCAACGCUGCUUCCGUUAGCCAAGAAAGGUCAGAAGCUCUGCUUCGGAAAGAGACUGCAUAGGUGUCGGGUAGUGGCGCUUGCGCAGUUGCUGCCCUGAAACAGAGAUUUUGCCUUUGCUUGGCUUAUUGGAGCAGCCAGGCUAAGGCAACACUGACUUUUUCUAGCACGACUGAUCGAUUUUAACUAUUGAACUGCAGUGCAAAUGAAUGUAUUCAGUUGAAUUCAAUCUUGUGGACUGCAGCUGUAGUUCAAUAGUUAAAAUUAAUCAGUCGCGCUACAAAAAGUUGCAGUGUAGCCCGGGCCUCAAUGUCCGGCUAUGUCAGCCUAUUGGAAGGUGGACACUUCACUUGUGGGGACAGCCACCUACAGGUGAACUUCAGAAUAGAUUCGCUCAUCUCUACUAAAUAUACAUUUCAGUGUUUUACACUUUUUAUGUCACGUCUGUUACUCUUGUUUAUUUCAUAAUGAUGACAUUUUCAAAAUUUUCCAUGUACUAUCAUUUUUGAUUUGAAAUAAAUUAUUUUGU